AUGACGAGCGCCUCCGUGGCACCCGAUGGGGACACAACGCAGCGAGAGCUUCGCGAGGGCCUCGUUGCAGAAGACGCGGUUCCAAGGGGCUUCUACAAAGAAGAGGUGAAAACGAUGUGCAGCAUCGGUUGGCCUAUGCUCGUGAGCUUCUUCUGUCGCUUCGGCAUGGCAUCGGAGGAUUCGUCUUUUGUAGGGCACCUGCAUUCAGCGUCCGCCAUGUUUUCUGUCAGCAGUAGCGCGCUCCGCAGUGGCUUUGUGGCCCACUUAGGGUCAACAUUGAUGGCGUAUGGCUUCUUGGCGAGCAGCGGCGGCGUGUCGGCCAGCUCGGGGUAUGGGCCGAAAGAGUACCUAGCAGCCGCAGGGCUUGCAGACAUGGUCACGAACAUCCUCAUCAUCCCCCCGCUCGCCUUCAACAUGAGCCUCAACGGGCUGGUGAGCCAGGCCAUGGGAUCUGGCAACAAGAAGAUGGCGGGCACGUGGUUACAGCUCUCCUUAAUCUGGCUCACAGUCGCCUACCUUCCAGUGUUGGUGUCGUUCUUCUAUGUCUCGCCUAUGUUGCACAUCUUGGGCUUUGAUGCAGACAUCUGUGAGUUGGCGGGUACUUAUGCCAAGUUCAACGCUUUUUGGCCAAUCCCCAAUGGUUGGUACCAGUGCAUGCGCUUCUAUUUCCAGGCGCAGGGAGUUACAAGGCCAGCCAUGUACAACAACAUAGUAUUCCUCCUUGUCAAUGCCGUGCUGAACUGGGUCCUUGUCUUCGGAGGCCCGUUCAAGGCUUGGUUCGGCUGGCACGGCCUUGGCUUCAUUGGUGCGGCGAUAUCCCUGAGCUGCUCUCGGAGUCUCCAGCCGCUGUUCUACUGGCUCUACAUGUUCGCGUGGCGGAGGGCACACGUGGAGACGUGGCCGGGCUGGAGCGAGAGGACGUUCUUGAGGCGGCAGCACGUCAAGGCUUUCAUGAAAAUGUCCGCGCCACAGAUCGGGACGCUCAUCUUCCAGGCCGUGGUCGGCCAGGCCACGACCCUCCUCAUCCGGAGCUGGGGAGCACGGCCAUCUCCGCCAGUGCCGCCACCUCCGCGGCCACCAUGGCCCUGA